GAAGAGACGACGCUCGGACGUUGUACGGACAGAGGCGCGAAAACGACGUGAUCUAGUACGCGAGACGAAAAGUUCGAGGCUGUCGUCGUUUUUGUUUUUACCGAACGGAUAGAAAAUUUGACGUAUAACCUGAACGAAAUCUAUUGUAUCGGAAUGAGAGCGUCGCGAAGCUGACGAAGCGUUUGGACACGUUCGAGGCAGAAAAGAGCGGAAAUGCGAGCAAAGUAGAAACGGGGUUCGAAAGAUUCUUGGAACGAGCGUGUUUUCGUCGAAUCCGUGGUGAGUCGAGUUCGAAUCCGAGGCAGAGGCGCGUCUAACUAGCCAGCUUGAUUGAAAGGAGCGCCCGCAGGCCUUUCAAGCUUCGUUACGAGCGAGUCACCCUUGAACCUCGUUAUAUGCAGUCAACUUUUCAACACCUUCGGCGUCGAGGCGCACGCGCCGCGCAUAUGCGCCCUUCCGUUGACGUCAACGUGUCCGAGAACACCGACUUCGUUACGGCUUCGAGACUCCGCCAAGAACGACGAAGAAACUGUUUCUGAAAGAAAAUAACUCUGCUAAAAAUUGUUGAAUUUCGCGCGCGACGAGAAAUGAGUUUAUCGCGACGAUCCGAAUGUCCAGGACCGUGCAAUCCACGAAAUAGAGGUUGUCGAAGAAACUGCGUUCAGAACGUCGCGUCGAUCCUCGAGGAGCUUCCUCCCUGUAUCCGGAUGAGACUCUGCGAAGAGGAUUUGUUCGCGGUCCUCGCGAAAAACGAGCAGACGGCCCCAACCCCGAGCAGCCCUCGAAACGUAUCGACCACCGUCGACUACGCGUCUUCGAUAGUUCACCCGACCUGGCUGUCCAACCAAACAACGAAACCCGGCAAGGACGACGCGAUAUCCGGAGCAUCGCGUGGAAAAACGGACCAAGAGGAAAAACAGAGCGGAGAAGACCAGAUCUCGAUGAUUGAAGACAAGGAUACUCAGACGGAACCGACCGACAUGGAAGCCGCUAAAACAACGAUAGAGGCUAACGAUACUAUCGGAAUGCGCGCAUUGCCUCAGGCGAAGAACGCGAUAGCGCGAGAAACGUGCGCGCCGAAUUCGACUCGCGACUCGCCGUACGCUUGUCGUCGGAUCAACACGACCGUGUACACGGCCAUUUUGCUUCUGCUUGCCGUGUUCGCCUGGAACAGCCCCGCUUACCGGAUCUUCUUGUCCAGUCAAAUUUGCGGAAUUCUCGUCGUGUUGAGUUGGAAAAUCUCCGGAUCCGUCCCUUUCUAACGCGAAUUCGAUCCGGUUUCUUUCUUCUUCCCCUUCGACAUCGGCAAGCGGAGAUAAACACAGCGUUCGCGACACGUUGAAAGUUACAAAGAGAAGAAUCACGAGAUAAUUAUACGGCCACCGAAGCGAAGACGCGACGAGCAUACGAUUCAGGUUGGUUAACAACGAUCACGUUGAAAGCCACGAACGCAACAAAUCGUGAGAUCGGGUUCAUUGAAAGACGCUCGGAACCGAGACCGCAAACUCCGCGAUCGCUUCAAAGUCAUCGACCGCAAGAUUCACGGACGAACGAGCUUUCGAUCUCUUCGCGAUUCAACGACGCUACGAUACGAUACUGCUCGACGAGGAAACUCGUUUAACCCCUCUUCGAGGUUCAAGCAGCUCUCUCUCUCCGCGGUAGAUUUCGACGAAACGCUACCUAUUUUCGGAUCUAGUUUCCGAUCGAACAGCGAAGCGAGAGAAAAGAAAUGUCUGGUAAGUAGCAAACACCGAUCGUGACGCGAUAAAUCAUCGAGGACAUCGCCGUACCGAAGGGUCGUCUCCCCUCUUAUCCGAGACACGAGCGGAAAAUCUAUUCGAACGACUAUUAAGCAUCGACUGUUCCCUCUUAAGGACGAUCCUCUGUCGUCCUUAAUUCGCGUUAGCCUCCUACCUAACCCUCGUUUAUCUCGCGCGCGAUAUCGUUGUUAUCUUUAUCGAGAACCGAUUUGUUCCCCAUCGGCUCCCCCACGUCCGCUCGUUUUUUUCCCUAGCGAAAUUCGAAAGAUCGAAGCGUAUCCGAUAUACCGAAUAAACGAACCUCCGAGUGUUAAUCCGAAACAACAGAGUCCUCCAUCGAGUAAAUUAACCGCGUAAAUUAAAGCGGAAUGACGGAGAAACGAAGCGAGACGCGAUCAAACGCGGAGAAAAAUCGUUUUCCAAUCUACGUUUCGAUCUCUCUCGUUCCGUCUACUAGCUCGUUCUACCGUAUUUCCCUGUCAAAUUAGGCAGAAACAAACAAGCCCUCCAUGGGCCGUGGCUAACGAGCCCAUAAUCGCAGGAACACCUCGACCCCAAAGCACCCCGACGGCUACGCGCAACGUACGUACGCGUCACGCGUACACCUAUACGCGUACAUCUGUUUGUUCGUAGCUGGAGAGCAGAGCGUGGUGUGGGCGCGUUUCGGGAGCUAGAGGGAGUCAUCAGGGCCCGAGGACAGACAGAAGCGGCAGGAAGGGCUGCUACAAAUGGAUUACGGAAGCACUGGAUAUUAUAGCGAUCCGAAAGGCCAUCCGAGUUACUUAAAUGUUUGCCGAGCUAACGAC